AUCAAGGCUAGUCAUGCAGUGUUCUCUGUGCAAGUUGCGUACCCACCAGUGGUGUUUCCUGCUCUUCAAUGUGCUUCUCUUCCAUUGCCUGUUGUUCGGGGCAGAUUUUGUCGAGGAGUACCUCCUUCAACCAACACCCGGCGUAUACACUGAUGGCAUGGUUGUUAAUGUGAGGGAGAAAGCGAGAAAACUUGACCUGAGCAAUGCCAGGGAAAAUGUGUCCCAAGCCUACCCCGUUGCUAACCCUGACGCCUGCUUAAACUCUGACCUCUUCCUGCUCUCUAUAGUCUUCAGUUCUCCAGCUAAUAUCACACAGAGACACGCAGUCAGGAGGACGUGGGCGAACCAAACAGAUGUUCAAGGCUUCCCAGUGCGGGUAUUGUUCUUUUUAGGAUCAACUCAGACGUCUACAGCGCAGGAAGAUCUCAAAAGGGAGUCUGACCUUUAUGGAGACAUGGUGCAGGGUCAUGCUGUGGCUGACUCGUCUCUGCGUGGCCCAACAGAGAGGACAGUACUGGCACUCCGUUGGGUGAUAGCCUUCUGUCCGGUGGCUCGUUUUGUUCUGCUGACUCAGGACUCUGUGUAUGUCAACCUCCCUGCCAUUGGAUCUUACCUGCUUGGACUUCACAGGCACCCAGAGGACCUUUAUCUAGGUAGAGUGAUUCAGAGAGAUCCCCCUGAUCGGGACCCUAACAGCCCCGGCUACCUGCCUCCUGCUCUGUACCCUAACAAGUACUUGCCCGAGUACUGUGACAGGACGGCAUAUGUUCUCUCACAGGAUGUGGUCCGAAAAGUGUACAUAGCCUCUGCAGUGGUGCGUGCACCUGUGUCGGCUGAUGUCUUUGUAGGUCUUUGUGCUCAGAAGGCUGGGGUGGCGCCAAGUCACAGCUCAAGGUUUUCAGGAGAGAAGCACAUCCGCUACAAUGCCUGCUGCUACCGUUACCUGUUCAGCUCUGCAGGAAUGGGAGGCAAAGAAUUAGAGAGGGUUUGGGCAGAUUUGGGGCAAAGUGAAAAAAGUUGCUCCCUGUUACAAACCUACUCUGGUCUGGUGACAUGCAAGGCUCUUACAUACUUGGAUAAACUGUCCUUAUUCAACUCGCAGGGGCAAAGUGUGUUACAUGAUUAA